AUGUACUCCAAGCACGCACCAUGGCCAAAUGGUCAUCCAUUUGCUCGAUUGGUUGCAUUUAUUGACACCGACGGCAUCAUUCGAGUAGGUGGACGAUUGGAAAAUUCUCCAAAUCAAGACCAAAGUAAGCAUCCUGCUAUUCUACCACGGAAUGCGGCACUCACUAAACUCAUCAUCUCUGAUGCUCAUCAGCGUACCAUGCAUGGUGGUACUCAACUAACUCUUGCAUUCAUACGACAAAAGUACUGGAUCAUUGGCGGUAGACAACCAGUACGCUCAAUUAUACUCAAAUGUAUAAAAUGCGCACGACAUCGUGCUGAUAGAGCUCAACAACUCAUGGGUCAGCUACCAGUAUCACGAGUCACUCCAUCAUCUGCAUUCACUUACACUGGAGUUGAUCAUGCUGGUCCAAUAACGCUCAAAAAUUGGCGACACCGAGGAGCAAAAACAUACAAAGGCUGGAUUUGUGUUUUUGUCUGCCUUUCUACGUCAGCGGUACAUCUAGAGGUAGUCAGCGACUACAGCUCUAGUGGGUUUAUCGCAGCACUCCGCAGAUUUAUCAGCCGACAAGACAUCUGCUCAGCACUCUACAGCGAUUGCGAAACGACGUUCAAAGGCGCUGAAACUGAUCUCAACCGUCUGUUCACUCAAGGAACUCAAGAGUCAAGAUAA